AUUUAAAGGGGUGACUUGCCAAAGCCGAUUCUUUACAAGUAAAUCAUUGUGACAUGGACCUUGACUUUUCUUCUUUGACCCGAAGGCAAAAUGACCAACGGGAAGCCUCAAACCCAGGCUCUUCUUCCAAAAUCGAGAGCGCCAGAUAGUCCCGGAUCUCCUAUGGAAACUACAACUGGAACUGAAACCCUGUCAACAACUGGCUUGGUGGCUUCAACUGUCGCGGGUAGUUCCGAUAUUCAUGUAUUACAAGAACAGAACAAGUCAAUCACAUCAGCGCAGAGACCAGAACCACGACCAGCUUUAGAGUCUGGGGGGUUCUCCCCUAAUUUCAUGGACGAGAUUAGGAGACUUAUCAAACAGGAGCUUCUCGGAGCGUGCACAAUGAAGGACCGCUCUCAAAAUCCUGCCAGCGACGGUGGUGGUGCUAGCCUCAUUGGCGCUGAUACGCGCAGUAACAACACCACCACCCAAGAGAGCAGGAGACUCUCGCACCUCAGUCCCCUCAACAAGUCAACGCAAGACGAGAGCGAUGAGGGGUCAUCGUCGCCGGCAACAGCGCCAGGUAGUGGCUCAGACCAUGUUCAUACGCCUGAAACGACGCCCACGCCUACUCCCUCGCCUCCCACCAAUGCCUCUGUACCGCCCCUCUCUCUAGACACGCCCGUGGCUGCAAAACAAGAUCCUCGAGUCAGAUUCAGUGAUAACGUGACGCUCGCUCGUAACCCUGUUUCUGCACCAGUGUCGGCGCCAGCAAAGAAGGCUCCGUGGACUAUGUAUCGCCGCAUGUCGAGUUCGAAUGGCGAGACCGUGCCUGAUUGGGGUGUAUUGUUUGAUGCAAAUGGGUAUUCCACGGCGAGGUGUGGACAAGUCCUCAGGGGCUUAGCGAAGUAUAUGGUAUGUUAUUAACAUCUCAAUACUCCCCUCUCCCAUCAAAAUCGUGUUGUAGGAGGGAUAAUAUGUGCAGAACGGAUCUAAUUCAUGUCUGAUGUCUAGGCUGAGGAAUUCUCGCCUCGAGGCACCGUGGUUGUCACACCUGAGAAGCUAGGCUUAUUGUAUUCGCGGUUCAAGAUAGAGGGUGAGGUGCAUCCUUUCGAAGAUAUCUUCCAUAUCUUCCCGCGGCAAGAAAGUUGCAGUAGUAGUACCGCGGCCGGCGCCAAUAGUAGGUUAGCCACCUACCACUCACGCAUCGGCGAUUUCUUCGCAGACCUCGACUG